UGACCAGACAGACCAGUCACAGUAACAACUGACCAGACAGACCAGUCACUUACAGAAAGGAUUCACUUACUGGUGUGUAGUUGACAUCUAUCUACAGGUGAAACAUAUAACACAUAACAUGACGUGUAUAACUAGGGAAGGAAAUGAAGCUUAGCCCACUAGCUCGAGGCCAGUCAUUUUUAGACCGGCUAGCUGAACAUUUGCCAAACUAUCCCGAUGGCUAGUGAGGGCUAGUUUACAUGGUGGUUUAACCAGCCGAGCACAGCACCCUAAAGCCUUCAGUCCCCGUAGGAGGACCAGACCCCCCUCCACAUCGCGUCCCGUCUGGGGAAGACAGAGAUCGUCCAGCUGUUACUGCAGCACAUGGCUCAUCCCGACGCCUCCACAACUAAUGGAUACAGUCCUCUGCACAUCGCUGCCAGGGAGGGACAGUUAGAGACCACCGCUGUGUUGUUGGAGGCUGGGGCUUCACACUCACUGGCUACCAAGAAAGGAUUCACUCCUCUACAUGUAUCAGCCAAGUAUGGAAGCCUGGAGGUGGCAAAACUCCUCCUGCAGCGGAAAGCUAUGCCUGACGACGCCGGCAAGAAUGGUCUGACUCCGCUGCACGUGGCAGCUCACUAUGACAACCAGCAGGUGGCGCUGCUGCUGCUUGACAAAGGGGCGUCGCCCCACGCCACCGCCAAGGUGAGAAAACAACACAAAACCUGGAGGGGGAAAGACAUUCAAAUGUUUUACCAUGGAAAAUAACAACUUGUUUUUUCACCUGCCUGUCCACUUCAGGGUCCUGUUAGGUAGGGACAUUUUUUUACGGAAAACAUUUAAAAGCCUUCCGUGGAAGAAAAUAAAAACAAAUGUUUCUUGUUGGCCAAGUUCAGAUAGUCCCUCCCUGUUUCACUCUAUUUUCAUAUAAUUACAGAUACUCUAUGUCCAUGGAUGCUUCUAGAAAUGGCAACAUUUCCCCUAUAUAACAAUACUGUUGACCCAUAAUACUGUCCCCUAUAUAACACUACUGUUGACCCAUAAUACUGUCCCCUAUAUAACAAUA